AUGCAGCAUCCAAAGACUGUCUCCUUUUCCCUGUGUGGAAACCUGGACACUGGUUCCUCUGCCUCAGUUGCAACACGUCUGGUCCCUGGGCACUGGAAGCUCAUCAAAAACAAGGAUAUUCCAGCCCAGUUGGAGGUUGAUGACUGUGGUGUUUUCAUGCUGUUGCAUGACAUCCCACGGCUUCGUAGAUGGUGGUGUCAGUUGCUUUUGGAAAACAUGUCACCUCCAAGAAUGGUGAGCUGCUAUGUGCCAGGAGAGGACAGACAGCGUAAUGAGGGCAAGAUUGAGGAACCUGCAAGGAAAAUUCAACGCGUUGAAUCCGUGGAUGGUGAAGGAGGGCGAAUGGAUACCAUUUCCAUUGUCCAGAUGCCUCUCAUCAUCCUGGAGGACAGACUCUUAGACGUAGUCCUGGAAGAGGGUGACAAAGCUUUUCUGAAGCUGUCACUGGUUUGUCGCCUCUUCCAGGACAUAGUUGAAAGAGAAUCAUUCUGGGCUCGAGCACAUUUUCAGUGGCCUGACAGUGUAGCGCCAUGGAAACUCCACAGUGCGGUCUACCGAGCAGAGUUCCGGAGAAUGUAUCGAUUGGACUGCUGCCAGAACUGUGACAGCUUACCAGGCUACAUUGGGCGUGGGAGACGGGGGGAACUUCUAGCAUUUUACAGUGAAGACACGCCCCCUGGGUUCUGUAGCCAAUUCUGCAAAGAGCUUGAAGAUUUGAGGAUGUGAAUAAGUGGAUUGUUAUUGUGCACAUUGGGGGACUUUUAAAUUAAGAAUGAAACUGCUGUGCUUGUUUUUCCUUGUCUUUCCUUGUCAUUGAUACAGACUGCACAGGUGUGACCGAACCACAUUUGAAGUUUAGUGUUUUACGUGCCGACAAGGUGAUAAUACAAUAAAGUGACAGUACAAUAGUAA